AUGGCUGCAGCUUCCGAGAGGAGAGAGCUGAGCGCAGCCGCGUCCCGACGCCCAAGCGCCCCGCCCCCUCCGCCGCCCCGCCGGGAGAGCCGGGCGCCUCCGAAGCCGGAGGCGGGGCGGGAGGCGGGCGGGAGGCGGGCGGCCGAGCCCGGGGAAGGGGAGGGGCGGGGCGGGGCGCCGGCGGGACGGGGCGGCGAGCGCCGCGGAGCAUGCCCAGUGAGACCCCGGUUCUCUUCCCCGGAGCUGCGCCGGCUUCGGCCUCAGCGCAGAGACCCGGCAAAGGUAGGGCAGGCUGUGGCCGAGGAGGUGAACCUGCGCUCAGCGGGAUCGCUGACUGCUUGCUCUCAGGUGGAUCGGACUAGCUGGCCGCGCUGGUCAGUGCCUCAGGGGCAGGGCCCUGCGGCAGGGAUACCCUGUCCUGCCUCCGUCCCUGGGUUCCCUCCGACCUCCCCUCCCCUUUGUGGCCGCUAUGAAAACCCGGCAGAAUUGGAUCGCUGUGGCCAGGUUCUUGCCCCUGUCGGACCGUGCACGGUCCAGGACCCGGUUACUGGGCCGGGGUGUGGAGUAUGGAACGGUCGGAAGCUGCAGCCUGCGAGUGGGCGGGGCGAGCAGGCCUGGGAGGGCUCAAAGGCGAGGUGGAAGGAUACACGAGCCGCGGUCGGAACUACUUUCAGGAGGAGGUCACGUGUGGUCCUAGUUGGGGAACUUUCCAAAUUCCCAUUCCCCUAUCUGUGUGCUCCUGAGGCUAGAGCUUGGACCCCUCUGCUCUGCUAGAUGGCCACCGCAGCACCCACGAGCGGUCCGCAGGAGCGCUGUCGGGGCCAACGCCUGGGGAGCUGGUUACACAAGCACCCACAUCCAAGCACGUGCCCCCGCCACCCCUCUCUGCUAGCCGCCGCCGGUUUGUGCACGCUGACGCGGAGAGUCCCCAGGCUGUUCCUCCCUUUCGCUUGCAACCCAUAGAGCGAGCCAGAAGGCCGAGACACGAGACGCCUGCUCUGGAUCUGCCCACCCCGCGCGUUCCCAACCGUGGGAGAAGAGGCUGGGCCUUAGGGGGUCUGACGCAUCUCCUUUGCUAAUGAAGUGGACCCUCUCUAGAUCUGUACUCCCGGGGCAAAAGGGUAUCUCCUGUUGCUGCUGGCUGCCUGGGCUUACCGAUGUUGCAACAAACUUCCAGUCACUGCCCAUGAACUGGUGAGCGCGCCCCACCUACUGUAGACUCAGCCAAGUGACUUAUCUGAGCACCUAGUCAAUGGCUGUCCGCCCAGAACAAACCUGUCAAGUAAAAGCUUACUGCCGGGAUUGGCUGACCUGUCGCGGUUGAGAGAGCUGGUUCAGAAAUGCUGAUAACUAGAGUGCAAGCCCCUCCUCCCCCACCAACCAGCCACAAAGCAAGCGAUCACCUUGAGCUUGGAGAAAAAUGACAUCAGCGCCAACGUAGGAAUUUCUUCCUUUUUGUUCUUUUCCCAGAGGACUUAGUUCUCGGGGUGAUAAUUUGAGUCCGAAAGUAUCUGACUUGAGACCUAAGCUGAGCUGGGUCAUUUUAGAAAUCUGGAGAUUAGUAAUCAAUUAUCAUGGGUAUUGCAGUAAUUGCGAGUAGGUGUUUAGGAAGGCCAGCCGAGGGUUUAUGAAGUAUAGGAGAAAGAAAAUUGCGUAUGUGCACAGCAUAGUUGCAGGCAGCUCCUGAAGCCUAGAAACCUCAAGAGGCCUGGCUCAGAGAGCCACGGGCCAUUACCUAACUCCAGGACUGCUAAUUAAACCAGGGAUAUUUACAGUUCUAUUAGAGAUCUCUGAGGCCACUCAAACCUUGCAUUUAGAUGCAUCCUUUUAAGAUCUCUCUGCAGGAGUUAGCAGCCCAAGCCAAGCAAGCAUUGAAUGUUUAUUGCAGGCUGUUUUUGUGCAUGGUUCUGGUCAGCUGGGGGAGGCAGGGAAGACAGAUGAGAGCAAUUUGAAAACAAUAGAAGAAAGACCUCCUUUUGGUUUCUAAAGAUGUAAAUAAAUCUCACCUACACAGCCUAAUCUAAGAUGGAGAUCCAUUUUACAAAUAGACCCGAAAGUCAAGGUGUUAUGUGAGAUGCAUGGUAAAAACCUAAGUUGUGCCCAGUGGAGUAUCUACUACUGCUUGGUGGGGAAAAUAAGGAUGAAGUUACAUCAAGAGAAGUAGGUUGAGAAGGGGGAAAUGCCCCACAUUUGUUCCUGUCCCCCAGAGUCCCUGUUAACUAGUAUCACCCUAUUUUGCCUCUUCCCUGGAGCCAUCUUGUGUGACUUGUAGUCUAAGGGUGUGUAAGAAGCCCUGACAUCUUCCUCUAAAGAAAAAGAAGGGCAUUCACUCCUAAGCUUCCUGAUGCUGGAGGAAAGAAAGGGGAUCCUUUUCUUCUCCCAGAGCAUCACUCUAGAGCACAGGGGAUGUAGAUCAGAACACUGAAACGCUGGAACCUGACACCAGCCCACAGGCACUUCCAAGUGAGGGAAGAAAGCCGGAAACCAGUUAGCUGCUUCCCUGAACGCCCACGUACCUCUACUUUCUAGUGGUGAAUGAAUAGAUAACCGUGUUGGCCAGUGUGUGGCCAGGCUGACAACAUCAGCUCAUGGUGGGAGUUUCCUCUCACAGCAUUAAAUAUGUUUCUGAAAGAAAUACUGAUGUGGCCUUUUAAAAAAUUUUGGUGUUUUUUCACUUCCUUACUCCACUCAAAGGCUGUGAAUAGGCCAGGAGGGGAAA